UGAUGCAAAACGGCUGUAAACCCCAGUGGUUGGGAGACUGAAGCAGGAGGAUCACCACGACUUCGAGGCCAGCCUAGGCUCCAUUGUGAGUUGAAGGCCAGACUGAACUGCUUAGACACCCUGUUUCAAAACAAAAUUAGAAAAACAAUAUCCAUUAGAAAGCAAGGGGCUCGGGACUGGCCACAUCAUGAAGUGUUUUGUGGCAAAAGCAUGGAGUUUGAACGAAAGCUCUCUUUCCUAAAAGUGACAGGAUGCAGUGUCUCGGGGACCCAAGAAGGGUCACCCCAAGCCGAGUAGACAACCCUUCAGGAUUAACAAGAGGCGCGCCUCGGUCAGUGGCAGUAGAAGGCGGGGCUGCGGUAGCCAGGCAACACAGGCCGCGCCAAUUAAUUGGCUAGCCUUUAGCUACGUCACCCACUCAGAGCCCAGGGGCAGAGCCUCUUUUAGCAGCUCAGCCCCGCUUGGCCGGGAGCGAUUUAGAGGACGACCAAGUCAGCGGGUCUAGCUUCAUGACAAGAUCCAAGCCUAAAUAUAAAGGGGACGCAGAAAGCAGUUCUGACGAAGUCCGAGAAAGAUCUGUAGCUGAGUUGAAGGAAGAGGGCAUCAUGGUGGGAGGCUUGAAGAGGAAACACUCUGAUUUGGAAGAGGAAGAGGAGAAAGAUGGGAAGUGGGACUGGAGUCCAGCAGGCCUUCGGAACUACCAGCAAGCCCUGCUCCGAAUCUCUCUAGACAAAGUCCAGCAGCGCAGCCUGGGUCCCCGAGCACCCAGCCUCCUCCGGCAUGUCCUCAUCCACAACACCCUGCAACAGCUGCAGGCCUCCAUACACAUGUCUACGGCACCUGCCCUGCCCCCAGAGCCCCUCUUCUUGGGCGAGGAAGACUUCUCCCUGUCUGCCACCAUUGGCUCCAUCCUCAGGGAGCUGGAGACCUCCAUGGAUGAGACGGAAUCACCUCAGAAUCAAGUGGCUCCCACAGGCCUCCAGAAUGAAGUGCUGCCCCAGCCUGAUCCAGUCUUCUUAGAAGCUCUGAGCUCCCGGUACCUGGGGGACUCUGGCCUGGAUGACUUCUUUCUGGACAUUGACACUUCUGCAGUAGAAAAGGAACCUGCACUGGCCCCUCUGGAUCCUCCACACAGCCUCUUCUGUGCCCCAGGGUCCUGGGAGUGGAAUGAACUCGAUCACAUCAUGGAAAUCAUUCUAGGGUCCUAAAACUGCAGUGAGGCAGGGGUCCUUCCUCACAUCAGUGGUGAUGGGCUAGAUCCCUGGAUGCAGCUGUGUGUGUGUGUGUUUGUGUGUUGGUGGGGGCUCUAAAUAGUGACUGGCCUCCUCUCCCAUUUCCGGGUUCCACAAACUAUCUCGCAUGUGUGUGUCUGGUUACCCCAGCCUUCUGUGAAGGUGGAUCUUCCUGAUUUAAUUUAUCUAUUCCAAAUGCCUUAAAGGGGCUCCAUUUCUGGGAGUCUUAAGUUUUCACACAUUUCUUCUGCCUUUCCCUCCAGUUCCCACUACCCUUGUGACCACUGGGGCCUCAGGGAAGUUGGAGCAGGGCCUGUCAGAGGUUGACAGGGGUGUGCUGCCAGGUUUCUCUGGAAACCCAGGCUCUUGUCUCUUGGAGUGGGAGGGGCUGGCCUCCUCCCCACAAGCUGAACUCUAGUUCCUUACAAGGACCCCAGUCCUAGCAGCCUCCUGAUUUAUAACCAGGCCGGACUACGUGCAAUAGAGUGGAAACCAAACUGCUCCAUGCCGCAUUAUUUAAAAAAAGGCAGGGUUUGUGGUGGCUUUUUUGUUUAUAAGUUUUUUUAAAUAAAAGUAUUUUGGAAGGA